AUGGCCUCUUUAAAGCCGACCCUCCAAGCUGGUCUCCAAGAGAAAGGAACCACCGUCUCAAGAGGGCAACAAGCGGAAAAAAAAAGAGCUACAAACGUCGAACCUGGUAAAUAUUUUCUCAAAAAUAAGUGUCGGGAGGCGGGAGAGGGUGAGAUUAGCUCCGACGCAGAGGACGGCACUAUCACAUUUGAUGAAGGUCUUGUCCGCUUUGAGGGAGAGGCGGAUCUGUAUUUCGUCGGUUCGGAAGUAGAGUCUUCUGCCUUCAAGAUCUCUGAUAAGCCUUCAUCAGAUGGAAGGGAACGGGAGGACUUCUCAGCGGAACAGCAUGAGGCUGAAUGUGAAGCACGAUGGAGCCAUUGGUUUGAUACUCCAGGUUGA